UAAUAGUUACAGGCUAUUUAGUCAAUAAAAUGAUCAAAAUACAAAUGUGCUGCAUUCAUUAGUGUCAGUAAUCUGUAAUUCUCAUAUGUGAUAAUAGCUGGACAUAUACGGAAGGUUCCAGAGUUAAGCUACAUUAAUUUAGCAAAACAGCUGUCAGGGGAAGAGGUUGGAGUGCAGAGCAGAGCUGAAGCAGGAGAUUUCUGGAACUUGAAGAGACAAAUCCGAUGUCAUGGAAGCUACCAGUCAAUCUCCAGUUCCCAAACUUGAAGCUAACCUCAUAAAAGAAGAGUUUGGGGAAGAGAUAGAAGAGAUGGAAAAUGUGGAAGAAAUGCAAGACAUAGAAGAGAUGGAGGGGCUGCAUCUUAAGAAGGAGCCAUUCACAUAUGAUGUUAAGGCUUUCAUGUGUGAGCCUCCCAGCCCUGGCAGUGAUGGCCUACCAGCCUCACCUUCCUUAUCCUGCUUGCCGGUCAAGAUGGAAAUUAAAAUUGAGGAUAAUGAACAUGUAUAUAAUGAGGAUAAUGAAUAUGAAGCGCCUCAACACAUCUUGCCCAUCUCUGCUGUUCCCGGAUUAGUUGAUGUCAAAAGAUGGCCAUCAUCUGAGGAAGCUCUUGAAGUCGCUGGUGGCAGCGGUGGCCAUGCUGGGGCAUCCAGUUCCAAACAGCAACUGACAAUCCAACAUCAGCAGGAGGCCUCUCUAGAUGAUCAUACUACCUCGCACCCAUACUCAUGCUCACAAUGUGAAUUUAGUUGCAGUUCUAAGCAGAAACUUCAGCAACAUACUCGAUUGGAGCAUUCACAAAAGAAACCUUAUCGCUGUCCUGAAUGUGAAAAAGAGUUUCCCUUGAAACGAAGCUUCAAUGGUCAUAUUUUAUCCAAGCAUCCUUCUAUGGUGGAAAAACGUCAUCACUGCCAACAAUGUGAAUAUUCAUGUGUAACUAAAAACCGCCUGAAAAAUCACAUUCUUUCCAAUCAUUCGGUGGAAAAGCCGUUUCGUUGCUCAGAGUGUGAUUAUUCAUGCGUACAUAAAUGUAUUCUAAAGAAGCAUGUUCUUUCUAAGCAUUCAGGGGAGAAACCCUUUUGCUGCUUGGAGUGCGAUUAUUCUUGUGUAGAUAAAUAUGUUCUGAAGAAACAUGUUUUUUCUAAGCAUUCAUUGGAAAAACCUCUUCGCUGCUUGCAGUGUGAUUACUCAUGUGUCAGAAAAAUCAGUCUGGAGACCCAUAUUCUUUCUAAGCAUAUGUCAGAAAAACUUUUUCAUUGUUCAGAGUGUGAAUAUUCUUCUGUAACUAAAUAUAAUCUGAAGAAUCAUAUUGCUGCCCAUCAUUCGUUGGAAAAGAAUUUCCACUGCUCACAGUGUGAAUAUUCAUGUGCCACUGAAAACCUUAUGAAGAAACAUGUUUUCUUUAAGCAUCGAGCAGAGAAACCUUUCCGUUGCUCGCAGUGUCAGUAUUCCAGUUUGUAUAAGACAAAACUGAAGAACCAUUUUCUUGCUAAGCAUACGUCAGAGAAACCUCUUCGCUGCAUGGAGUGUGAAUAUUCUUGUGUUUAUGAUACCAAUAUGAAGAACCACAUUCUUUCUAAGCAUUCAAAUUCACUGCAAAAGCCUUUUAGAUGCCCAAAUUGUGAACACUCUUCUUCCUCAAAAACAAAUUUGAAGAUCCAUAUUAUUUCAAAACAUUCUUCGGAGAAGCCUCAUCGCUGUUCAAAGUGUGAAUAUUCUUGUGCGGAUAAUAAAAAGUUAAAGUAUCAUUACCUUUAUAAGCAUUCUACAGAAAAGCCACAUCGUUGCCAAGAGUGUGAAUUUUCAUGUGUCAGCAAAUCUAUUCUCCAGAGACAUGUUAUUUUUAAGCAUUCAUUGGAGAAGCCUAAUCACUGCACACAGUGUGAAUUUUCUUGUGUAGACAAAAGCAAUCUCCAGAGACAUAUUCUCUCUAAGCAUUCAACAGAAAAACCUCUUCACUGCCCCUUGUGUGAAUAUACAUGUGUCGCAAAAAUCCACCUUAAGUCGCAUAUUUUUUCCAAGCAUUCAACGGUGAAGCCUUUCCAAUGCUCGCAGUGUGAAUAUUCUUGUGUCACUAACACCCAUCUUAAGUGUCAUUUUCUUUCUAAACAUGCACUGGAGAAGCCUUUCCGCUGUUCGGAGUGUGAAUACACUUGUGUCUGGAGACGAAACUUAGCUCGACAUGUCCAGAAAAUGCACUCCAAAGAAAAAUCAAGUCAGAACGUGUAAAAUUACUUCAGUGAGUGAACAUUAUUUAAACAUAAUUUCUAUCUUCCAUUUUCCAGAUGAGUUAUUCACUCUGGAUUGAGAGUGAAGAGCCAAAUUUAUACAAAUUUCGUUCCCAAGUCUAUUAUUGCCCAAAGUUUUUGCGAUGACUGUUGACAUCGCUUGUACCGGAAAUACUGGACAUGAAUUCACCUCUGAAAUAGUAUUUGGGAUUAAUUAAUUUUCAAUGCUUUUAUUCGUUCAUUUACAGGAAAACAAUCUAGCAAGACCGCAACAGAAAUGUAUUUUAUUAAGAAGCGUUCACUGUGCAAAUAACAUCUAGUUGUAUGCUGAUUAUUUUCACUAUUUCUAGGAUUUAUAUGAAGAGAUAUUCAUAUUGGCUGCACGAUAUUGCAUUUGUUGUGUUUUCAAAAGUGUACAGGGUUAUUCUAAAUGAAUCCAAUUUAAGACAAUCGUAUUUACUCAAGUAUAAAUUCAAAAUUAAUAAUUUAUACAGCAAUUGAAUGAGAAAGAUUGGAAUUUUUUUAACCCAUUCGGAAUUGGGCGGCGGUGGUAGUUGAAUCAAGCAAACUUUUUGAAUCAGUCACUUCCUGAGCGUUGUGUAGAACGCAUAG